AAAGAAACUACAACCCCCAGCAAACCGCGCGCCCAGGCGGGGCAGCGUCCUCAACGUCGCGCGCAGUGCGCCGGGAGUCGUAGUUCGCGCCUGCGCCUGCGUCGGCAUCCUUCUCCCAGAAGCGCCCGCGCGUCGUCCUGCUCGCCCUCCAGGCCGCUCGCGUCCCGCCGGGGUCCGCCCGCCGCCGCUCCGCGUCCGCCCGCCGUCAUGCUGCCCGCCGCGCUGCUCCGCCGCUCGGGGCUGGGCCGCCUCGCGCGCCAGGCCCGCGCCUACGCCGAGGCCGCCGCCGCGCCGGCCCCCGCCGCGGGCCCGGGACAGAUGUCCUUCACCUUCGCCUCACCCACGCAGGUGUUCUUCAACGGCGCCAACGUCCGGCAGGUGGACGUUCCUACGCAGACGGGCGCCUUCGGUAUCCUGGCAGCCCACGUACCGACACUGCAGGUCCUGCGUCCGGGGCUGGUUGUGGUCCACGCUGAGGACGGCACCACCUCCAAAUACUUUGUGAGCAGCGGGUCCGUCACGGUGAACGCGGACUCCUCGGUGCAGUUACUGGCUGAGGAAGCUGUCACGCUGGACAUGCUGGACCUGGGGGUGGCCAAGGCGAACCUGGAGAAGGCACAGUCGGAGCUGUCGGGGGCAGCGGACGAGGCCACGAGGGCCGAGAUCCAAAUCCGCAUCGAGGCCAACGAGGCCUUGGUGAAGGCCCUGGAGUAGGCGGGUGUGUGCCUCCCGCUGGCUCCCACAGGGAGAUGGGGCCUGGAGCCGGGCGGGGGACAGCCUGGAGUGAGGACCCAGCUCCCGUGGGUGCAGGCUGCCUGGGAGGCUGGGGAGUGAGCCUGGGGGGGCUGUCCUCGCUGGGAAGCCUCCAGGGGGCAGCACAGUGUCACUGUCUGCACAGAGCACAGGGCUGUUGCAACUUUGUGCUAAAUAAACCGAGGAAACGA